AUGGAGCUGCCAGUGAAGACAAGCAGGUCUCAGGAGCUGGCCUCGCCCCAAUCGCUGCCCCCGACCCCCAAGCGCCGCAGCAGGCACUGGAAGCAGCAGAGCUCAAGAGUCCCUGCCCCAGCGCCAGCACAAUUGCAAGGGCUACGAAGGGGGCCACUUCUGCCCCUCGAAGAGGAGCCCUCACUGGAGGCAGCAGUCCAGCAGGACAGACGCGUGCCAGCAUCCAGCCGGCCUGCUGCAGAUGCGCCGAGCUUCAAGGCCAGCAAGGAGCAAAGUUGGGAAGACAGGGUCUGGGAAGAGAUUGCCCACCUACCCCAUGGCGGGGCAGAGGGAGCAGCAGGCAACACUGCAGUAUGGCUGCCUCAUGUGCCCAAGCAUAGCAGCAUCUCUCUGCAGGCGCUGGCACCCGCGGGUCAGGUCAACAGCAGAACCCAGGACAGAGGUGCCAGCAGAGGCAGAAGCACAACAGCAGACAGGGCAACCCCUGCUGCAGAGGCUGCACAGACAGCCAGGGAGUACAAGCCCCCAGCAGAAAAGCCCAAGCCGCUGCGCACAGGAAUGGAAGCUGCCACCUACCCCUGCUACAUCGAGAUCCUGCAGAAGGCACGCCUCAGGCCGGAGCGGCCGCCCGGCGUCCCGCCGCGCCGCCGCCCGGUGCAGCCGACCGCCGCGCGACCGGCCGCGGCCGCUGCGACCCAAAAGACAGACAAGGCUGGCGGAAAAGGCGCACAGCCCAAAGCGUCGCCGCAGCCGGCGCAAUCGGCGCGCUAUGCAGCGCUGGCAGCUUCACGGCAGGUGCUGGAGCCGAAACGGGGCCAGGGGCGGCCGCUGCUGCGCACCGAGCAGCGCUCAGCCGAGAAGGUCCUCGGCGCGGCCCCGGCGAACUCUAGGGCCGGCCACACAAAUACCUCUGCGUCAGUUCUGGCAGACGCCGGAAAGAGGCAUGAGCCGAAAGACCCGGCGCAGCUGCGGCGGGGAGCCGGCCUUGAGAACAUGCCUCCAGCGGGCGAGCGGCAGGCGGGGGCAGGCUACGCGCAGCUCCUGCGCGCAAACGCUGGUGCGGGGGCCGCCGGCAAGACAGCUGCCGCGCAGCUGCCGGCGAGGCGCGUGCCGCGGCCGGCCUUCCGUCCCAGCGGCUCCAACGGCUGGCGCUUUGGGCAGCCCACUGUUACUGUGGGCGAGGAUCUGGGGUACGGGACGGCGCAUGCGCGCGCGAUGGCCGCCCAUGAUCGAGCGCGCCGCGAGAGCGAGGAGAAGGUCGCGGCCGCCAGGGCCGCCGCCGAGCAGGCUGAGCGCCUGACGAGCAAGGCGCAUCGGGCGGUGGAACAGCAAGCGCAGAUUGCAGCUGCGGAGAGAGCGCGGGCGCGGCUGCUGCUGAGCUCGGACUACACGCUGCAGGAGCGGCUGGAGUGGGCCUCCAACCCCGACGACACCCGCUCCCUCCAUUCCAAGCUGCUGGCGAGCAGCAUUGGCCGCUGGCCAGCAGACUCCCUGCGGUCGUCCUGGGGCCAUCCGCUGGUAGGCGCCUCAGGGAAGGCAGCACGCUCGUCUGGCGCGGCACGCCACCUCUUCCCGGGGACGGCAGCAGCCGCCGAGCCGGCCGGCCGCAAGCGCAACCGCGCCCUUGAGUGCAGCCCAGCCGAGCAGCAGGUGUACGACAUGUCUGCCAUCCGUGCUGGACGGCCUGAGAGCGUGCUGGACGGCCUCAGGGAAUCGAAUGGGAGGGGCUGCGAGCGAUCCAUCGACAUGGCUGGCACACCGAGGUCGCAUGUCUCAGACACGGUGCUUACGGGCUCAGGUCCUCUUUGCGACCUCACGGCCGCACCUGGCGUGCACACAAUACCGGCCGGCCAGAGGGCUGAGGCGGGUGAUGACGUGGAGCAAGAUGACUGCCCAGACACUGUGACGAAGACACUUGCUCGCGCAGAGGCCCAGCAGCCGCAGCGUGGCUCCGGCUUGCACUGCAACCCAGAGGUGCACAGCUUGCUGGAGAAGGAGGCGGUGAGGUGCAUCUUCAUCCAGGACAACCCCACCUUUGACUCCCUGCGCUCCUCCCUGGGGCUGCCCCCCUCGCAGCUCACCAGCGCCUCUCAAACUGCAGAGCAAUGCCAGCUCGCCCUCAAGGAUCACAAUGGCGAGGCAAAACAGCGUGCGGCGUACCAAAUGCUUGGCCGGCUAGAGGUGCCGGCCGAUGCGGCGGCUGCCACCGAUGCCGAGCGGCAGAGCAAGCCGAGCGGCGCCGAGCAGCCGGCCCUGGGCGGCCGCGCCGCUGAUGCCGGCGGGGAGGUGUACAUUCUGGCGGCAGCCGACGCUGUGGAGGGCGCUCUCAACUCGCACCAGGCGGCAAAGCAGGAUGCUGCAGAGGCGCAGAUGCAGGGGGCGCGCUCGCAGAGCGUGUUCAACUCCAGCCUAGGCUUCCUGGGCAAGGACUACGCACCGCUGGAGAACAGCCUCUCCGCGCAUGGGCCCUCACCAGACACCGGCAUUGACACCUGCGAGGUGGAAUCACGGAGGGCGGACGAUGUGACGCUAUCUCUGGACUGGCGACCCGCCAAUGCGCCACUGACACGUGUCUGUGAAGCAGAGUGGAGCCCGGCAGCAGCGGCGUUCCAGGGGCAGAACAGCACAGUGGAUGUCUCACAGGCAGGCUCCGCUGCAACACAGGGCUCCAUAACUGAGGGUGCUACAAACACCGUGGCCCCCAAGAAGUGGUCCUGGCUGACCCGAUGGGGCUGCUUUGCGCCAGCAGUGCAGCCAUAG